UAUAAUGAUGUAGUGUUAUAAAUACUACCGCUUGCAUAGCUCUCAGUUCUGACUAAUUUUAAUGAUGAAGUGAUGAGUUGGUGUUUUAUUUAUAAUGCAUUGGUUUAUCGAAGUUCUGCUACUCAUCUCAUUCCUAUUGUACCUUCUACAUCUAUACAUAUCCAGAAAUUAUGAUUAUUGGCAAAAGAGGAAUGUGCCCUUCAUCAAACCCAAACCUUUUGUGGGCAACAUGGGUGAUAUCUUACUGCAAAAGUACAACAUGAGUAGUUUCUUCGAGAAGCUCUACAAUGAUAUGGACGCUCCAUUCUUCGGGAUUUUCGUAUUUUCCAAGCCUGCUCUUAUAGUCAAAGACGUGAAACUUCUGAAAAAUAUCUUCGUGAAGGACUUCGAUCAUUUUAUGGACCGUAACACGUUGGCCGCUGAGUACGACCCUGUUACCGCCCACAUGCUGUUCAUUGAAAAAGGAGAGGAAUGGAAGUUGAUGAGAUCGAAGAUCAGCCCUUUCUUCAGCCCUUCGAAGCUGAAGGCAAUGUUCGGGGCAAUCGAUAACCUUGGCGUAUCUUUGCGUCGUCAUAUCGACGCUUGCCCGAACAGGUCCGGCCUGGACGUGAAAGAAUUGAGCAGUAAAUUUUCGGUUGACGUGAUUGCAAAGUGUGUUUUCGGUAUUGAUGCCAAAUCGUUGGAAAUCGAGGAUGGCGAUUUUCUCAGAAUUGCUCAUAAGAUUUACGAUACCAGGCCUAUAACAUCCUUCAGAUUCUUGUGUUAUUUUUUCUUCCAUUCGUUCGCGCGGAUUUUCAAAAUGAAGCUCUUUGACGCAGAUGUUGUAACUUUUUUGAGAAGGGUUUUCUGGGAAUGCAUCGAACUGAGGGAAAAAAACAACGUGAGGGGAAAUGAUCUUAUAGAUAUUAUUGUGGACCUGAGGAAGAAUAACGAGCUAUCUGAACGUAUCAAAUUUGAUGGUGAUAAAGUUAUAGCCCAAGCUUUAUUAUUCUUCGUAGCAGGUUUUGAAACAACGGGGUCAACAAUUGCUUUCACUCUUCAUUCUCUGUGUACAAAUCUGGAUAUACAAAGAAAACUCAGGGAAAAUAUACGUGAUAUUAUCAAAAAACACGGUGGGCAACUAACAAUGGAAUCCAUAGAGAAUAUGGAUUACCUUGACAAUGUAAUAAAAGAAACCUUGAGGAAAUACUCACCUGUCCCUGUAAUUGAUAGGGUAUGCACUAAAGACUAUAAAAUACCUGAAACCGACAUUGUAAUAGAGAAAGGAAUUAUUACUUUGGUGCCACCAUAUGGAUUUCAAAAAGAUCCAAAAUAUUUUGAUAAUCCUGAGAAAUAUAUUCCAGAAAGAUUCGAGUCUAUAAAAGAAGAUAUGUUUUAUAUGCCAUUUGGACAUGGACCCAGGAACUGUAUAGAUGGUGAUAAAGUGAUAGCCCAAGCUUUAUUAUUCUUCGUAGCAGGUUUUGAAACAACGGGGUCAACAAUUGCUUUCACUCUUCAUGCUCUGUGUUUAAAUCUGGAUAUACAAAGAAAACUCAGGGAAAAUAUACGUGAUAUUAUAAAAAAACACGGUGGGAAACUAACAAUGGAAUCCAUAGAGAAUAUGGAUUACCUUGACAAUGUAAUAAAAGAAACCUUGAGGAAAUACUCACCUGUCCCUAUAAUUGAUAGGGUAUGCACUAAAGACUAUAAAAUACCUGAAACCGACAUUGUAAUAGAGAAAGGCAUCAUUACUUUGGUGCCACCAUAUGGAUUUCAAAAAGAUCCAAAAUAUUUUGAUAAUCCUGAGGAAUAUAUUCCAGAAAGAUUCGAGUCUAUAAAAGAAGAUAUGUUUUAUAUGCCAUUUGGACAUGGACCCAGGAACUGUAUAGAGGGUGAUAAAGUGAUAGCCCAAGCUUUAUUAUUCUUCGUAGCAGGUUUUGAAACAAUGGGAUCAACCAUUGCUUUCACUCUCCAUGCCCUGUGUUUAAAUCUGGAUAUACAAAGAAAACUCAGGGAAUAUAUACGUGAUAAUAUCAAAAAACACGGUGGGAAACUAACAAUGGAAUCCAUAGAGAAUAUGGUUUACCUUGACAAUGUAGUAAAAGAAACCUUGAGGAAAUACUCACCUGUCCCUAUACUUGAUAGGGUAUGCACUAAAGACUAUAAAAUACCUGAAACUGACAUUGUAAUAGAGAAGGGCAUUAUAACUUUGGUGCCGCCAUAUGGAUUCCAAAAAGACCCAAAAUAUUUUGAUAACCCUGAGGAAUAUAUUCCAGAAAGAUUCGAGUCUAUAAAAGAAGAUAUGUUUUAUAUGCCAUUUGGACAUGGACCCAGGAAUUGUAUAGGUCGACGUUUUGGUCUUAUAGCUGCCAAGUUAGCAAUUUUACAAAUUUUAAAAGAAUUUGAACUUCAUUCUACCGAUGAAACACCAGUUAACCUUGAGUUCAGCCCAGCAUCUACGAUUCCUCAGCCCAUUCAGCAGUUAAAAAUGAGUUUUAUCAACACAGAUCCAUUGUUUUGAUGGAAUUGAAAUGAAAUAAUGUAAUAAUAUUGUUAUUGUAGAUUUAUUUCAAAUGAAAAAUUUAGUUUGAGCUAGGCAAUUCUCUAUUGACUCAAUUUUUAAUUUAAAUUUCUAUCAAUAAUGAGUAUUAUCAGAAACCUUUCAAGAUUUAAUAAAUAUUUUGUUUAUGGAAUGAAAUAUAAAACUCAUAAUA